AGCCUCUUCGUCUGCUAUAGUUAUAAAUCUAAGGAUGAGAUGGGCCUGAGGCAAAGGAUCCAGGACUUCUUGUUCUUGAUCCUUCAGACAAAACUCUGUCCUCCUAGUGGGGAAACCCAGCGGCACCAAUAGCCAUGAAGAAGCUACCGUACUGCUUUCUGAUCAUGAUCAGCCUCUCACAGGCUUUUGACCAUGAAGAUGUUUCUAAAAAGGCCUUUGUAUUUCCCAAAGAGUCAGCUACUUCCUAUGUAUCCCUGGGAGCACUGUCAAAGAAGUCACUGGACGCCUUCACUGUGUGUCUCAAUAUCCUCACUGAUCUGAGCACAACCCGCAGCUUCAGUAUUUUCUCUUACGCCACCGAGCAGAACACUAAUGAUAUCCUCAUAUUUUGGACUAAGGAUGAAGGGUAUUCUGUUUCCGUGGGUGGAUCUGAAGUAGUAUUCAAGGCUUCUGAAAUUCCUGAAGUCCCAACGUACAUCUGUGUCAGCUGGGAGUCUGCUACAGGGAUUGUAGAACUCUGGGUUGAUGGGAAACCCAAGGUCCGGAAAAGUCUGCAAAAGGGCUACACUGUGGGGCCAAACGCAAGCAUCGUCCUGGGGCAGGAGCAGGACUCAUAUGGGGGUGGCUUUGAUGAGAACCAGUCUUUUGUGGGAGACAUUGGAGAUGUGGACAUGUGGGACCAUGCACUAUCUCCACAGGACAUCCGCAAAGUACAUGCCGGUGAGGCAUUCUCUCCUAAUGUUCUGGACUGGCAGGGACUUGAGUAUGAAGCCCAGGGUGAAGUGUUUGUCAAGGCCCAGCUGUGGCACCGACCUUCUACCAACAGCCAUUGAUUACCUAUAGGGGUGGGGUUCUGUGAAAUUUCUUCCAUCCAUGUUUUUUAGGCAACUCAGGGAUGGAGCACUGACUAUCCUGUGCUCGGAGGCAGUUCUUUUCUGGAAUAAAAUCUGUGUGGAACUUCCCAGGUUAUGAGUCAAUAGAGGCUUGAAUAAAGUUGAGCAGAUUCA